GCGGCCGCAGCCCGGCGCGGAUGGCGCACUCGGCCGCGGUGCCGCCGGGCGCGCUGGAGCAGGGCUGCCCCAUCCGCGUGGAGCACGACCGCCGGCGCCGCCAGUUCACCGUCCGGCUCAACGGAUGUCACGACCGGGCUGUCCUGCUCUAUGAGUACGUGGGCAAGCGGAUUGUGGACCUGCAGCACACUGAGGUCCCUGACGCCUACCGCGGGCGCGGCAUCGCCAAGCACCUUGCCAAGGCCGCCCUGGACUUUGUGGUGGAGGAGGACCUGAAGGCCCACCUCACGUGCUGGUACAUCCAGAAGUACGUCAAGGAGAACCCCCUGCCACAGUACCUGGAGCGGCUGCAGCCGUGACCCCGCUGACGGGCGUGAGCACUCCCUGCAGGACCCUUCCACAUGCCCUUGCCUGGCCCUGCCUGCUCUCAGGAGCCUGGACCCACUGGGAACAGACUCAGAGUGAUUUUUAUAAGGAUGCUCAUCUGGCCCCAUGUCCAGACCCCUGGAGGCGGCUGGCUGAGGAUGGGCGGCAACCCAGUAACAGGGGAGGCCGGGCGGUCCCGACAGCUCCCACUCUGCAGAGGCCUUCUGUGGGCAGGAUGGAGGGCCCAGGCCAGUCUGGUCCUGCCUGCUGUUCCCUGCCCAGCAAUCAGCAUGAGGGCCGAAGUGGGACCCCUGCCACCACCUCUCUUGGGCCUGUGUCCUUUCUGCAAAUGAAAAGGGUGUUCCCCAGAGCCAAGAGGAGCAAUAAGAAACCUCUUGUGCCAACAUCCGAGGGUGGCAGCGCCAAGCCUUGCCUGCCACCUAUGCUUCCGUCCUCCGUCUCAGACUUCUGUGCCUGGGCGGGAGCCACAGCAAGGGGCGGGAGAGCUGAGAAGCACGGUGGACUUAGCAUGGCCCAGGCUCUAUUGUACCCACACAUGUGUGAACACACAUGAACAUAUGCACACGGGAUAUGGCAUGUGGGCAGGCUGGGGGGGCACGGUGCUGGUUUUCCUCUCCUUGGUACCCUCAUCUUUUGGUGGCCUCUUUUGCGUCACUCUGCAGGAAACCGAGUCCAUCCCAUGGGCUGCUCUCCCUGUGCCCCCUCUGCCAGGUGCAGCUCUGAGACCAACCAUGAAGCCGAGAGGACGCCUUGGAGUUGGAGUGGGAGGGAGGUGGGCUGUCUUCACAGAGCCGCCCUCGUCACCCAAGAGGAAGGAACAUUUCAGGCCGAGGGGUUUCCUUUGCUGCCACUAGAUAUCAGAGUGUCCUCUUUGCGCUUUGCUGCCUGUCGGUCCUGGGGCUUUUGCCCAGACCAGCCUUCCUGGUUACCACCUGGGAGAUGCCCCAGAAUGCUUUGUGUCUCUGGGAGCAGCCUGUCUGGGGCCCUGCAGCUGCCCCCUGAGGGUUAGUUUGGGCUCAGGGUCUUGACCUCUUGUGCCCCACUCCCCACAAGGGUCAGAUUUGUUCCUGUUCCCCUGUGGCACUGGAGGGUGACCACAUUGACACCAAAUCCCUUGGGGAUGGUGUGUCCCCUCCAGGCCUCUGGGGGUGUCUGAGGCUGGGUUCCGGGUGGUACAGGGAGAGGCUGACCGGGCCCCCCGUCUUCCUCUUCUAGUGCAGGGGCUCAGGGAGGGGUGGGUGCUGGGGGCCCUCGGUGCUGUGGGGGCCCCUCGCUUUACCUGACUUCCUGAAGCAGGCGCUGUCGUGGCCUAUGCUUGCGUUUUCCACUCACCUCUACGCUGCCCCCAGUCUUGGCACCGGGACCCCCCUUCUCUCUUUCCUCGGCCACAUCAGCUCAGGGGCCCAUCCCAGAUACUGUGCACAGAGCCUUCCCACCCCGCCGCAGGACCAGCAAGAUCUGCGUGUGCGAGGCCUGACAGCCUGUCCGUGGGCGUCCCAGAGCCCCCGCUGUGUGAGUCACAGCCAUGGACCAGCAGCGGUUACAUCCUAAGCACCCCACCACAUCCCAGCCCCUCACAUCAUGCCAGAUGCUUCUGCUCUGACCUCCAGGAAUUCUUGGGAGCCGAGACCAUCUUCCUCAACUCUGUCUGCAAAGGGCUGGGGUGCACAGAUGGGCGAGGGCCUCCUCCUCAUCUGCACAUCCCUCCCCAAGUUCAAGCACAUACUCUGUCAUGACUCCCACUGGCUCAGUGGGCUGGGGCUAUGUCCCUCCAUGGCCUGCAGGCUGAGGUGGCCCAGUGCCUUCCCAGCAUCCCCACAGGAGGCCCCAGAGGGCUAGCAGGGACCUUGAGGAGCAGAAAGAGCCAGGCGCACCAGGAGGGAGUGAGCCUGUUCCCACUGUGUCCCUGCCUGAACUCAAGAUUCUGAGCGCUGUGCUCUAACAGGUGACUUGUCCACCAGACGGCUCAUAAAACUCUUAGUACUUGAACCAGGAGACGUGGGGUUUGGAGGCCUGUGCAGGCCCAGGGUCCAGCUGGGACUUUCUCAGUAGGCUUGGCCUGAGCUCUGCAGGUGUGACCUGGGCGGCCUUAAAGUGCCACUGGCCCCGCUCCAGGGGGCUCGGCAGGGCUGUGCGGGGCCUGGCCCAUGGUCCCCAGCAGAGCCUCAGCAAUAACUACAUCUCCCCAGGCCAGGGGGCUCUGGAUCCCCCACAGACACCCUGCCCUGGAGCUCCCAGCUCAGCCUUCGGCCAACACAGCCUGUCCUCUGGUGCUACCCCGUUUGCCUGGGGACCCAGCCUCACCCUUGCUCUGUCCUAAAGCUCUGGGAUCCCCUGCUUGGGAGGCUGGUUGCUCAGGGCCAGUUCAUGCAACUUGGUGAGACCCAGACCGUGCAGGCCAGGCAGACGGACGCUCGCUGGUGGGGGUGGGGAGGGGGCGGCUCCUCCAGCAGGCUUCCUGCUGUCCUACGGCCUCCGGGUGGGUUUCUCUUUCUUGCCCGGUCAAAAUAGGUGGAAACUCAUGUGCCUUUCCCACUCAGGACCUGUUACGGGUGGUGUCCAGGCCGAGGCUGGUCUCUAGACUGGCUCCCUUUGUUACUUUCCAAACUUCUGAACAGACUGCACAACUUACAUUUCAAUAAAAGAUGUGGCCUAGUGCGGCGGCCCAGGACUCUUCCGGAAGACACACGCGGGCUGCCGGCUGUCUGGCUUUGUCCCCACAGCGAUUGAUUGUCAGCCCUCCAUUUAACUGGCGAGGAGGCUGGAGAGCCCCUGGUGUCCCACAGCCCCGCUGUUCUGUGAGGAGGGCAGGGCUCUGAGCAGCACCAGGCCUGCCUGAGGUCUCCCCAGAGGACAGUGGUGGCGGCAGGAUGCCCGCCCCAGUCUGGGUGACUUUGCUGGCUGUUCCUUCCGGGCUGGCCUGGGCCCCACACCACAGUUCCCACCUCCUCCUGGGGCCAAGGCCCCCCUGGGCCACAGCCCAGCUCUGGGGCGUCUCCCUCUUCCAUGGAGCAGCUUUGUGGGCUUCCUGGGAACAGGCUGUGACAACAGGCCAGCACUGCUCUCAGCUGUGAGCUCUGGUGUACCCUAAGAAGUCUCUCUGUUUGGGAUAUCUGGUCCAGUGCAGGGAGGCGGGCCCAGCAUCAUGUUCACACAGGCACAUCAGGGGAAGCAGUGGCUCCUGUCCCUAGAACAGGAGAGUCCCGAGCCAGGCCAGGCCUCACCUCAUCCUAUUCUGCGCUGGCUGCCCAGGGAGGAGCUGACUCCUGAAGGGAGAUUUCCUUCCUGCCACCUGCUCAGGGGUUCCACACAGCAACUGCUGAGCCCUUCACACACCUGCGCCCGGUUCUCAGUAGUGCCCGGAGGUGCCUCUUUGACAGAUACGAGAGUGAGACCGAGGCUUGGAGCGGGCAGUCACGAGCCUGCAGCCCACACAGCCAGAGGGGACCAGGUUUCAAACCCAGUUCCCAUCCCCUCUAGAUGACGGUGUCGAGCCUGUGUCGUGAGGUCUUAUGUCUACUUUAGGUGACAGAUGGCCUCAGAAGGCAAUAAACAGAUACAACUCCCAACAACUUCUCUGCUCAUCUGGAGAGCUGAGAUGGGGUUCUGCCUGCAGCCUGCAGGAGCACGGGCCUGCGUGGGGAGGCGGGACUGAGGCUGGGGGUGUGAGCAGGAACCUCAGGGGAGCCCCUGACUGUGUGCCCACACUGUUCUUCCCCAGUUCAGGGUUCUCAGAUUGGUCCAAGACCACGUAAACAUCCCUUUGCUUUCUCAGGGUACCAUUCCCAGACUGAUGUCCUAAAUUUCACAUAAGAGAUCCGGCAAGGCUGUGAAUCCAACUUGGGCUGUGACUGCAUCCUGCA